UAUACCCUGUAACAGGGAAGGGCAAGGAAGAAGUGUGUGUGUGUGAGGGAGAGAGAGAGAGAGAGAGAGCAGGUUCAAAAUGCCCACAAGACCUCGUUAUUCAUGCCAAGGCGAGGCCAUGAUUUCUCUGUCUCACCCUCUCUCACUCAACGUCAAAUUCAAGCCCAACUUCUUUUCCAUUUCCAAUACCAAAACCUCUCUCAACUUUCCUCCACGUAUCUCCAUUUCUCGAGAAAGUUCGAAGCCCAAUGGAAUCCACCUCCCUUUGCACCCAAUUCCCGCUUCUCGGUCUCGCACAGCAUGCAAGAUGAAUGGCUCAGAUAUGAUGUCACAGCUGGAACUUGGGAAGCCAGAAGAGAGACGUAAACCACAGAGACGCGUAAAUGGAAUAUUCUGGGUUAUACUUCUAAACCUGGGAAUAUAUGUGGCAGAUCAUGUGUUUCAGGUACGUGGAAUCAAAAACCUUUACUUAUACCACAAUUUUCCAGAGUGGUACCAGUUCCUGACAGCAACUUUUUGUCAUGCGAAUUGGAACCACCUCUCUAGCAACCUUUUCUUCUUGUAUAUAUUUGGAAAGCUUGUUGAAGAAGAGGAAGGAAAUUUUGCAUUGUGGCUUUCUUACAUUCUUACAGGCGUUGGAGCAAACCUUGUUUCGUGGUUGGUCCUACCAAGAAAUGCAGUUUCUGUUGGAGCCUCUGGUGCUGUUUUUGGCUUAUUUACUAUUAGUGUACUUGUAAAGAUGUCUUGGGACUGGCGGAAGAUUCUUGAGGUGCUUAUAUUGGGCCAAUUUGUUAUAGAAAAGGUUAUGGAUGCAGCUCAAGCUUCAACAGCAUUGUCUGGGCCCUUCCGUGGAGGCCAUGCCUUGCAGAGCAUCAAUCACAUUGCUCAUCUCUCUGGUGCUCUCGUCGGUGUACUUCUGGUAUGGCUUCUAAGGAAAGUUCCUUCAGAUUCUCCAGAUCAGUAAGCAUCAGCUUUGCAUAGGAAACAAGAGGAACUCAAUAAAGGUUCACCAAUAUCGUGGCAUGAAAAAUAAGGUCAUUUAUUAUUAUUAUUAUUAUUAUUAUUUUACAUUUCAUAUUUGUUACAUGAUCAAUUAUCUAAGAUAUUUAACAUCCUUCACUGUACAGUGUAAAGUAUGAUCCUAAUUAAAUUAAAGCUUUUCUAUUCUUUUCC